AGAAAUUUUAUAACUAACGCAGCUGUGUAAAUGGUGUCAAAAGUCGCGAGACAACAGUGGGGUAUCGGUCGCGGACUUGGAAAGACGUGUGUGUGUGGUGUCAUGAAGUGGUACGUGAUCGUGUGGCUGGUGACGGCGAGGCUCUCGGGUGGAAGCGUAUUACGAUGUACCUCGGACAGCAAGGACGCAUCAUGUAUCUCAGAAAACCAAGAUAAAGUGACAGAACUAAAGAAAGAAGACCUUCCUUCAGGCAAGGACUGCGCUCCGAGCACAGCCUGGAAGACCGAAUGCAACUCCUGCUACUGCCGUAAUGGACACGUUUUUUGCACCUUGGUGUACUGUGAAAAUGAAAAAUAUCUGAGCUGCGCUCCGGGGUCGAGGUGGAAGAACGACUGCAAUAUAUGCCAGUGUUCUCCCGAUGGCCAACCAGUGUGCACGAAGAUGGAUUGCGUCCCACAAUCAGAUUUAGAUGUUCUGGAUCCUGUUAAUUUCGAGCCUGAAGUGCCAGAGAAAGUUCCUGAUAAAAAUGAAAAUGUCAGCGUGCAAAAUAACCGAGUAGAUAUGGGUCACAAAAUUCACAAAAGAUCGGUUUGCAAACCAAACCACGAGUUCCAAUCUGAGUGCAACACGUGUAAAUGCUCAGAAGAUGGCCUCAACUACUCCUGCACUCAGAACGAGUGCCUGGACAGAGACGUGACCAAGGACGUGGAGGUUUUUAUGGAGAGUGAGGGCGUGGAUCACAUAAAUCAUUCAGUUUGCAAGCCCCGCGAUACAUUUCCUAUCGGCUGCAACACCUGCCACUGCAACUUGAACGGCACUGACUAUUCAUGUACUAACAAACCUUGUCCUCUACCCGAUGAUGUGGAAUUCUUCCAUGAGCCUAAAACAACAUCAUCAAAAAACAAAACGGUAGUAUGCGAGGCGAACCGCUCCUUCAAGAAAGACUGCAACACUUGCUGGUGCAACGAAGAUGGCACAAGCUUCUUCUGUACACGACGGGCUUGUGUGCCACUGCUGCCUGACGAGGCACAGGAUGAUAAGCCAGAGCAGGAACUCCGGAUAAUAAAGAAAGAAUGUCGCCCGAAUGAGGUGUUUGAGCUGGACUGCAACAUGUGUCGCUGCAAUCCUGACGGGAAAUCAUUUUCUUGCACCAGACGAGCUUGUCUUGAAGGAUUAGAUGAUUUGAAGAUCAACACGUCAGCGACACUCGUGAGAAAAGUCCGCGCGUCACAGGAGCCUCAGAAGACCUGCCAACCAGGCACAGAGUUCCGUCUGGACUGCAACAAGUGUCUCUGCGACAACGAGGGACAGGACUUCUCCUGCACAAGAAUCGAUUGCAACGCUCUCAAUAAUAACGGCAAUGGCGGCGGCAGGACUAAGAGAGAAGAAGCAAAGCGUGAGGCGACGGAGCUAGCGCCGCGCUCCGCGGGGCCCGCGCCCGGGACAGCAGCAGUGGACACAAACUUCCGGUGCAACCCCGGCGAGCAGUACAGUCACGACUGCAACGACUGCACUUGCUCUGCCGACGGCAAGAGCACCUUUUGCACCUUACGCCUUUGCGAUAAGAACCUUUCUCCAGAAUAAAUCACCCCCACCCUCCUCAUCCUCCUCACACUACAUUGACAUCUGAUUUAUCAAGCAUUGUUGCUGAUAUAUUUGACCAUUUUAUGAUAUUUGACCACCUCAAUAAAUUAUGUUUAAAAUCUGACUCAGUUCUUCAGACAAUACAAUAAGUAAAUUUAAUGUUAUGACUUGAAAUUUUGCAGUACUUGGGUUUGGAAGUCUGCUUUGUAUUGUGUGCUAAGUCGUUCUGUCUCAUUAAAUUCAUACUUGAACAAUAUUUAUAACGUUUUUGAAUAUGUCCCUUUUAGUGAAGGAAUUUCGAGUGUCUAUUUUAGUCCUCAAUUUUUAUAACUUUAAACAUUAUUCUCUUCUGCUACACUUUCGUAUUAGUAAAUGAAAAUUCUGCCAUUUUUAUUAAAACAUGUCUAUAGUUAAUUGUAUGUGUGUUUCUAUAUCAACAAUCGCUUUUUUGUCGUCACCUAGUAUAAUUUAGACAUAUCUUGAACUUUUUAUUUGACAAUGUUUUAUUUGACGAUUUUAUGUUUUCAACCCAAUCUACUAACGUUUUAUGGCUUGUGUACUUUUGAACUUUCAUUAUUACGAUGAUCAUUGAUGUCUGUUUACACGGUAAUUUAAAAAUUUUUGUAUGCCUAUCAUUAUAUGCAAAAUUACAUGAAUUAAAACGUCUACAAAGUAUAUUGUGACUAUUAUUACUUAGUGUUUAGCUGUCGAUAUUGAAAAUAAAAACAAAAUAUAAUAAAUUCUUGAAAGAUUUUUUAUUUUAUUUUGGAAACAAUUAACUUUUAAAUUUAUGGUAAUUUUUUAUAUAUCGAAACCGUAGCUUAUUCUAGUGAGUAGUUAGUUGUAUCUAAAUAAUUGUUUUGUGUGUGUGGUUAAAUUUGUUAUUAGUAACAACUCAUUUUGUUGUGGUAUCUGUACAUGUACACUUAUAUAAAAUGCCUAAAGAUUAGAAAAUUUCUAUAUUUUAAAUUCAAAUGACUGCACGAAAUUUCGCAAAAAAUAAUUCAAGUUGACUCUCCCAUGGCAUAGAUUUUUUUGCCAGUGACAUUUUUGAAUUUGGAAUGUAGUAAAUUUUUAUAUAUACUUUUUUAAAAUUAAUUGUAAAUUGUCACAAAUGCCAGCUACACGUUCUUUACAUCAUCAAGUAUUUUAGGUUUUCAUUCGUCUUUAUUAGUUUAGGUUUAUAAACAUAGUUUUAGAAUAAGUGUGUACGGUCUACAGAAUAUUCAAUUGUCAUCAUUAUACCUGCAUUUUUAUAUAUAUAUUUUAAUGUUUAAUUUCUUUUAUUUUUCGCCAAGAAAUGCACAUAUGUAACGUACGUAGUUUUUAUUUUUUAUUUUAAUAAGUACAACUUGCAAUGCUAAUAAUAUUUGAACAGUUUAAUAUUGCUAAAUAAAAAAAAAUAACUCUGUUCCAUAUUCAUGUAAACGUACAAAACGUUGUACCUAACGUUUAUCUUAUAAUCUUAAACUUAGGUAUCUGGAAAGGCAAAAACGUGAAGAAUCAUUGUUUUUUAUCUGUUUUUGUAAUUAUUCUAAAAUUGUUGCAACAAUCCAGUGUGUCAAUUUUUCAGUUCGUAUCAAUGGUAUCGACCGUACGUAUAUAUAAACAAAGUUUCUAUAUUUCUAGAUCUGUGAGUGUAGGUGUGGGUUUUACGUGAUUUUUUUGUAGUUAGUGAAUUUAUAUUACCUAAGUGUCUUACUUUGUCCUGUGUACCCCUAUGUAUUAGAUAAUGCGUAACAAUACUUAAGAUUUUGAAUAAAUAUUGAUGAAACUGAUUAAAUGAGUUUGAAUUUGA